AUGGCCUAUGAUCGCUACGUGGCCGUCUGCGAUCCCCUGCGCUACGCGGCCGUCAUGGGGCUGCAGCUCUGCGCAGGGCUGGCCGCCGUCUCCUGGCUCGUGGGCCUGGCGAAUGCGGCAGUGGAGACUGCGGUCACCGUGCGUCUGCCCACCUGUGGGCGCCACGUGCUGAACCACGUGGCCUGUGAGACGCUGGCGCUCGUCAGGUUGGCCUGCGUGGACGUCACCCUCAACCAGGCGGUCAUAGUGGCGUCCAGCGUGGUGGUGCUUUUGGCGCCCUGCUGCCUGGUUGCGCUGUCCUACGCCCGCAUCGUGGCCGCCGUCCUGCAGAUCCGCUCCAGCGGGGGGCGCCGCAAAGCCUUCGGGACCUGCGCCUCGCACCUCACCGUGGUCUCUAUGUCUUACGGCAUGGCCCUGGUUACCUACAUGCAGCCCCACUCCACCGCCUCCGCCAAGCAGGACAAGGUGGUGGUGCUCUUCUACGCGGUGGUGACCCCUAUGUUGAAUCCGCUCAUCUACAGUCUGAGGAACAAGGAGAUAAAGGCCGCUCUCACUCGGGUUCUGACGAGGAGCUCUCAAUCAAAACGGUAG